GCAGGCGUGGGGUAUUUUGUAUCAGCCACUGAAAAGUGACUAUAGAAUAUGCAAUAUAUGUACAAUACAAUAUACAUAUGUGUACACUAUUUGCAGUGCUAGGGAUUGAACCUAACCUUGUGUGUGUGAAGCAACUCUUCUACCAUGGAGAUGUAUCCCCAGCUCCUGUUUGCAGUGUUUAGAGUAUGUCAAACACCUGUGGUUCCGCCACCUGCUUCGCAAGCACAAGAUCCUAAAUUUGAUCCCCAGUACCAAAAAACAAACACACAAACAUCCGUGUGACAAAACUCAUCUCGCAAGGACUAGUGUUUGAAAGAAGAAUGUUUUGAUUUCUAACACUCUCCCAAGCGCGGCUGAGUGCAGGUCCGGGAAGACACACUUUGGGGAACACUGCAGCUGCAGGAUCAGCGCCUCUCACGUACACACCGAAUAAACGAUUUGAAGACUUGACGUCUCAUUGACCACUGGAUUAUGCACAAGGCUUUUCUACCCAAUGAUCCUCUUGCAACACGCUGGGCUUCCUCCACCUAAGCAGCCUUCGUACUCUCCUCCUAUGUCAGUGGCCACCAGGUCUACAGGAACCUUGCAGCUUCCACAACAGAAGCCUUUUGGGCAGGAGACUUCCUUGCCUCUGGCAGGGGAAGAAGAAUUACCUAAGGCAGGGGAGCAAGACUCUGCCCUGGAGGAGCUAUGUAAGCCCCUAUACUGCAAACUCUGUAAUGUUACCUUGAACUCGGCACAGCAAGCCCAGGCUCAUUAUCAGGGUAAAAAUCAUGGUAAGAAACUCCGAAACUACUAUGCAGCAAAUAGCUGUCCUCCUCCUGCCAGAAUGAACACUGCCGUGGAGCCUGCAGCUGCUCCUGUCAUUUCAGUCCCUGCACAGAUGGGCUCCUUUAAGCCAGGAGGCAGAGUGAUCCUGGCCACAGAGAACGACUACUGUAAGCUCUGUGACGCAUCCUUCAGUUCCCCGGCUGUGGCUCAGGCUCACUAUCAAGGGAAGAAUCAUGCCAAGAGGCUGCGGCUGGCCGAAGCUCAGAGUAACUCGUUCUUGGACUCAUCAGAGGUGGGUCAACGGCGGGCCCGGAAAGAAGGGAAUGAGUUUAAGAUGAUGCCAAAUAGGAGAAAUAUGUACACAGUACAGAAUAAUUCAGCAGGUCCUUACUUCAACCCUCGCUCUCGGCAGAGAAUUCCACGUGAUCUAGCCAUGUGUGUCACCCCGAGCGGCCAGUUCUACUGCUCAAUGUGUAAUGUUGGGGCUGGUGAAGAGGUGGAAUUCCGGCAGCAUUUAGAGAGCAAGCAACACAAAAGCAAGGUGUCUGAACAGCGGUACAGGAAUGAGAUGGAGAACCUGGGUUAUGUAUAGUGGUUGUCAUAUUCAGCUAGAUCAGCUUGUCCUGCCUGUUUGCCUUCUGUCUACUUGCCCUGCUUUGUGGUCCUUUUGAGAUGAGUCCAUUCCUCUGCUUGAUGUUAAUCUGUGUACCCUGCAGUGGUACCACGAGAUGUCAAAACUCGGGGGCGGGGGGAGGGAGGCGUGCUUCUUAGGUCCUAACACUUUUUCAGGUCAACUGUGUUGAGCUCUGUAUAGCAUGUGACCUACCUACCCCAUCACAAAAAACAUUUUAUCUUGACCAAGUUCUGGUUGACUUAGAGAUACAACUAUUUGAAAGUUUCAUCUUGUUUCGCAAUUUUAGUUUUAUGUUUUGCUAGAUAAAAGAAUAGUGUUGAGUUCUUCAAAUCACAAUAAAAGCUAAGAUUUGUUUCUCAAGGGUUCACUGGAAUCAUCACCUCAACACACUGUCGGUAGGGUCUGUCAUCACAGUCUGUGUUAAGGUCUCUCCAGGACAUUGUUCCCUGUAUCAUGCAAUGCGAGUUUUCUUGGAUUCAGACCCGUUUAGUGCGCUUGUGCUCUUCCAGACCACUAAACUUCAUUUCCACUUGUGGAUUUCACACAUUUAAUUGCCACCUCCUCUCCCCCACCCUCGCAGUUGAAUCAUCUUGUCUGAGAGGCUUAUUUUCAUGCCCUAGCUGUGCUGUGGGUUUUCCAAGCCAUGGAUUUGGAUACAUGAGUUUAAGAUGGGCAUAGUUUUAAAAAGAAUAUUUUCAUCUGAUUUAGGAAACAUAAAGAUGUGUUUGCUGUUUUAAUGUAGAGUUUUGUCUUCAUUGAUCAUAGUGUAACAUACAAUUUAUGAUAGUCUUAACCAUAACUUAGGAUCUCUUGAUAUUUUCUUUUUGCAGAAUUUUUUAGAUAAACCAGUCCCUACACUUUAUUGUUCUGUGUUCUGUGAGUUUGUUAGCUGUCCUGAAAAAAAACCUUUAAGACCAGUACCUGCUUCAUAGAUAGAGAAGAAUUUUUAAAACAGCUAGUCAAGUUUUAAUAUCACCAUUUCCAGUAGAAAAUUGUUUUUGCUUUUAAAAUAAGCCACAGUGCAUGUCUAGAUUACCAAUGGAAUAUUAUGCGAAGUUUUAUUAACUCUUGUUUGUAUCUAUUCACUAUAUUUUACAUGGAGAAGAUUGGUGCUCAUUCAUGCUUCUUUUGAAAGACCAGGUUCACCAGGAAGGUCAUAGUGAGCAGUAUCUUUGUAUAUUGGCAAAUGGUGAUGUGAUUGUUUACGUUACUAAUUAAAACUCUUGGUAACCUUGAGAAUGGGAUAGCCAAACAGAUAGGUAUAAUCGUCAUUCUGUUUUGGUAAUAUUUUGAAGCAAUUUUGAAUAGUCUAUACCUAUAAUUAAAAAUCAGUUUCUGUUAAGGUGGUGGUUUAUCAAAAAUUCGAAUUAUGUGGUAAUUUUUUUCCCCCAGAAACAAAAGAAUGAAACCAUUUUCUGUUUAAAUUUUAUCUGAACCUAUAACUCUUAUUAUAAUAGCCCCUUUUUGUAGUAGUUGAGUAUAAAGUAUAGUUAAUUAGUUUAGGGCAAUUUAAGACUUGUCUUACAGGCCAGUAGGUUGCUCAUUUUGCUGCUAAAUGUGAUUUUUGGUAGAUAUUAGUACAGUGCUGGUUUUAUGAUAUUUAAAAAUCUCAUUUCCUCUCUGUACGUGUGUGCAUACAUAUUAUACAUGCCCUUCUCCCUAAAAUUUCAUGUGAUUCCCUGGAGAGAAUUUCACUGAAUCCUUAUUCCAGAUAACAUUAAAGAUUGUGGGUUUAUUUUGUAAAAGCUGUUUUCAUCUACUUUCAGUUUUUCCUUUGGAAAUGGAAUUAAAGGAUGUGUUUCCCUGCCCUCUCCACUUAAUAAUUUCAAUGUAUGUGUACAAAAAGCAGUGGACUUAAGGGCUUGAUGUUUUUUCAGGCCUUGUGUAUUCAGGUUUCCAGUUUCCCAGUGCCCUUAAUGGAUGUUAUGAAUGCAUAAACGCAUUUUCUUUUAAAGAAAGAAGUUAGAUUUAUAGUGUUAUUUCUUACUUGCUAUAUUCCUUUGCACUAAAAAAAGAACUAUGUGUUUGUUUUAUAUGACACUUUAGUACCAUAUUGCCUACAGUGAUUCAAUUUCUUAAUUUCAAAAUUCUAGUUGAUAAAUACCUUCCAUGAUCAUUUAUAGAGCUUUCAUGCACAUCUGGAAAACAUCAGGAAUCUCUAUGGUAGUAAGUUGUGUUUUGGGCUAGUUACAUUGCAGUUUUCUCUUGUUCCAUAGGCGAGACAAAGGGUGACAGAAGUUGCCAUUGCUGCAUGGAACAUUUUCUUGCAUUGGCACUUGGUGUAGACAGUUUCUUCCCUCUAGGCAGGCUGCUGUUACCUCUGAAUUAGUGAUAUGUGUUCUCUUUUGGUUUCAUUGUGUGAUGUCCAGUCCUGCUCUGUAACAUGCUUUAGGAACUGCACCCUGUGUUCAUCAGAAAUUAGGUAUCUUUUAUAUGCCCUAAACAACGAUGGACAGAGGCCUAAACAAAGAAAAACCUGCAGUUAAAAAAAAAGUAGAUUUCAGUAAUCAUCUGUAAGAAUGUAUAACAUCCAAGUCUCCUUUCUCUGUGAAUAUCUUUGUGUACAUUGCCAUUAAAAUGUUAAUAUUAGGGCCGGGGAUUUAGCUCAGUGGUUCUGCCGCCUGCCUUGCAAGUGCAAAGGUCCUGAGUUCGAUCUCAGGUACAAAAAAAAUCAAUAUUAGAAGAUAAUUAUAAGCACUUUUAAGAUAUUAAGAGUGAAAGGUUAUGAAGGAAAAUUUCCACGUUUCAAUUAAGAUUGGAUUGCAUAUGCCUUUAAAGUAUUUUUGUUUUUUUAAAAGUUUAGUCAUAAAAUGGACUGUGUCCUGUAAUCCUUUGACUUCACAUUGACUAGAAAAUACUUAGUCUUGUCUUGCAUAUCAUGUCCUGCAACUUGUAAAUACAUGCAUGUUGUUUAUUAUGUUUAUCUGCUUGUCUUAUUGCACUGAAUUCUGUAAGGUGAAUACUUUUUUUAUCAUUCAUUUUGAAAAAGUCCUCCGUCACACUCUCACUCUCUUCCAUUCUGAUGAAUUUCUAAACUUAGAACAGCAUAGGAUUUUGAAACCCUGAGUGUGAAUGUGGAGAGUCAGAGCUGAGAUCGCCAUGUCCCUCUCCCUGGAUAGGCCAAUGGGAGGCACGAGGUCUUCCAUCUCACUUUACAAAGCUGUUCUGCAGAACCAUACACUUGUUUAUGGCUACUGAGCUACAAACUGAACCAAAAGGAAAGGAGAAAUGUAUAUACAUAUAUAUGCGUAUACGCGCACCUGGAUAUGUAUAUAUGUGCAUAGCUGGUUAAAUCUUCCUCUGCAGAUGGAUUCUGAGGAUUAGCAGCAGGAUUUACGAUUUCCUCGUGCCUUUGUUGUGUGGCACUGUGAACAGUGACAGUUUGAGGAUUAUCCAUUGACUUAUGUGAAAUGAGUCCUGUUUGAGUCAGGGGAGACGUGUGAAGGGCAGUGUGACUCAGUGUUCUCUGCAGAGGCCUAAAGAUGGUAGAUUAGGAACCUACCUUUCUUAGGUAAUGUCAGAACUUAGGCUGGAAGUACUCACUUAAGAACUUGGUGAGGCUUGUGCUAAGACAAUAGACAAUAAUACUAAUUUCUUUAGAAAUAAGUGGAGAAGCAAUUUGUUAGGUUAGGCAAAAGUUUCGAACAGGUGUUUAAAAAAUUCCACCUUACCACCCAUGUUUUUCUUACCAGACAAGUCACUGUGUUCAGGUGUUCCGUGUAUAAUAAAAAAGUGUGUCAUUGCUGUUUUUGUGUUCUUGGUGGGGGAACUCCUACCACUGUGAGCUGUUACUGUCAGUGUAGCCGAUGGACAAAUAGCUGUGUAAAUAGCUUCUCAUAAGAUUUCUACUGAUAGGUAUUAAAUGUUUUCUUCCCCUUUGAAUGGGGGGAUCAUUUGUAAACUCCCUUUCUGGGUAGCUACCAAAAAAAGUACUGGCUUACGGUCCUGUGUGACCCUUGUCUGUCAAGCCCAGAAUAUGAGUGCCUUUAGCAAGUAUUAGCAUUUCACAGAGAAGGGAUGACAGAAUUACUGCUGUUAAUCAUGGUUCAUAGAACGGGAGCUUGGAAUAGCAAAGAUCUACGUGAAUUCUGUUCUACAUUUUUUUUUCUUAACACAGUCUCAAUUUGAUAUUAAACACAACCUAAUCCGUCAGGAGACAUAUACCCUGAACAUAAAUCCAGGUGUCUGAGGCUGGCAGCGCUCACCUUGGUGUGCUGCCUCUGUAUUUAGUGAAUGGUAGUGAGGUGUGUUGGGGGAGCUUGACACUGAUGCUUCGGUAAAUUCUUUAUUCCAGUGUCUUUUUCCAACUUGUCUUUUUCUUAGAGAGGAGAGAAUGACAUAUUUGCCAGUAUGCAAAUUUGCCUGGCUGGCAUGAUUAUUAAUUAAUUAUUAAUUGUGCUAAUUCAUCUUUGCUUUACAAAUCAAGUUGGAGGCCUUUAUAACAACAUUUUCCCUAACUUCAUUUAAUUAAAAGUUCUGGAUUGCUUGAGUGGCUAGAAUCUUUAAAACACACUGCUGAAAUGAUUUUGCUACAGAAAUACUAACAUCUUCUCACGAAAAAAUUUAAACAUUUGUCAAAGUAGAAAACACUUUACGACAUACCCCACCACUAGAGUCCACCAUUAAUGUUUUACCGCUCUUACAUUUCCACAUAUCUACCUGUCCCUCGCUCGGUUGGUCUAUCAGCCCAUCAGUCUCUUGGUCCGACAAAGCACUUCCCCUAGGUGCAUUAACCAGGGUUUAAUAUUGAUUUAACUCUUAAUAUCUUUGUGAAAGCAGUGUGUGAAGUUGGUACCCUGCGCCAAUUAACAUACUUCUUUUUUCUCCCAUGGAUUUAAGUCUUCCAGUUUCUGUUUUCAUGUGUACUUAGAGUGAAGGAAGACACCUCCUUUUUCUAACUGAAAUUUUCUAGAGUUGGUUAUUUGAAAUGCUUAAUUGUCAUCAAUGUUGAAGUUUCACGAUAAAGAGGUAUUUUUUCUCCUUACCCGUCUUCUGCCGGUGGUAUUUUGCUAAACUAUGCAGCUUCUUCAGAAAACUGUAAAUGAUAGAUUGGGGUUUAUGAAAUCAGCUUAUACCUCACUUCACCAAUUGCUGCUUUUCCUCUUGUUGUCACUGCUGUCAGCUGCUCUACCAGAAGGUAGAGGGGAGGAAAGGGUCAAACCCAUGUAUAAUGAGCUGUUUCAAACAACUUGAGAACGGUUUAAAUAGUUUAGAAAGUUGAAACUAUUAGUUUAAGGGAGUUUGAUUUGGAUUGCCUGAGUAUUGUAAUUACCCAUGCUUCCUCUAGCUGUAAUUAGCAAAAUUUAAAAUGAUUGUACUGUACAAUGAGUUGUUGAAAUUGUGAGCCUUAGUAACUAUAUUUAGCUUUACUCCAAUAAUGUUUAGAAUUUUUUGGAUAUAUGCCUUUAUUUUAUGUUCCUUUUUUGUGGAUAAAUCUGCAGAAUUUAACCUACUUACUUGAGUUCGUGAAGAUGCAAUGGGUAAAAUCAAAUCAGAAAUGAAAUUUGAAUGUUCCUGAUUUAUAUUCUUGUGCUUGUUGGAUAUAGUUCUUGGUUUCUGAAAUAACCGAAUACUUCCUUUGGACCCUUAAAAGGAAGAUAAGUAUUUUUACUAAUUAGAUUUUUAUUUUUAGACAUUUCACGGUAUUCUCGUGGCCAUAGUACUUAAGUAAGCCCGUUGCAAUUGCUGAAAUCUCACUGCACUGUUAAAUACCAACUAAUAAUGCAAGGUUUAUCAGAUUUUUUUUUUUUUACCUUUAAAUGGCCUUCAUGAUUCUCUCAUAAUUCUAUGUAAGUGCUGAAGUGACCCCCUCACUAGUGAAAAUAAAUGUUCUACAUCACUGGUUAUAUGUGUAUUCUCUACAUAUUUUUUUUUUUUAGGGAAAAGUAACUCCAUGUUUCAGAAUGAGCGAUAUUAUCUUAGGAAAAGGAUAUAUAGUUUAUUUCUAUGCUGCAUAUCUGGCAUUUUUAGGAACAAAACUCUCUUGGGAGUGGCUGUUGUUUUGCCUUCUGUCAGUACCUGAGUACCUUCCUGUAGUUUUGUAAAUCAUGGUGUUAUUUUGUAAAAAUGUCAUGUUGAUUCUGCAUUGUUUGGUUUUCACUCUGAGGUACCUCUGUUAACUGUGGUGAUUGGGGUUGGGUGGGUGUAUUUGCUUGGCAAUGCCUUACCAGAGUAUGUUGGGCUCUACUUUAAAGCAGUGCAUGUGUCUUCUAGGACAAAACAUGUCCUCUCUCAGAUGUGUGCUCUAGAUCCAGAAGUAAAACUGAUUUUGCUUUCCCUGUAAAGGUUACAUUUUAAUGCAGUUACUGUCUUAAGAAUAAAAUCAUGGGAAACCAAGGGAGACUCUAAGGACCCUUCAUGAAUGGCAUGGCAGCUUUUAAAACUGCUUUUGCUACUUCACAAGACCUAUACCUUUGUUAAAAGAUAUAGCUAAAAAAAUGCCAGCCCAAACUGUAUGAAAUUGAGGUUGUUUCAUAAAAUUUUCUUUAAAUGUUACACAGGGGUUUUAGAUCUUUGUAUGCUAUUGGAGCAAUGUGCCAGGAACUGUUUGGAAAUCCGUUUUUGUUCUGGGACUGCAGAAAUGACAAAUGUGUCAUGGGAUUAAAACCAAUCAACUGUGAAUUGUCAAAUUGACAUUGCUCUUUUGGUUUUCUUUUCUUCAGCGUAUUGAAUAUAGAAAUCUGAAAGUUAGUUAAAAUUUACACUGCUUAUGUUGAUGGCUCAUUUUGGCUGUGUAUUCUCACUUAUGUACUGAUUUCUGAUAAAAGCUUGAUGUUAUUAUAACAGGCAUUUUGUGUUCAGUUUAAUAAAACAGUUUCUGAGUCUUGUCUGAAAAUGGUUUGGCUUGAGUUGGAGAUCAAGGAAGAUGGUGAAUCGUCAGCACCGAGGUGUUAUUUCCAUGCUGAUUGUUGAGGAAGGUGGGGUCCCCAUUUCUCAGUCUGCACUGCCUCUGCCAUGCACUUCCUCAACUGUACAGAGCUGGGAAACUGGAGCUUGCAGUGGGAUUGACUUUGCUGCCCACGUUUUCCCCUCCCCAUCGCUGGAGUUGGCUGGGGAUUGCAGUGUACUCUCAGUUUCAGUGAUUGGUUUUAGUACUUACCUUCCCUUUAAAUUUGAGAAAGGCCGGCCUUUGCAAGACCACAGCCACUGCUCUGGAAACAAACACAUAUUAAAAAUCAUAUACUCAUUAAUCUUUUAGAUGUUUCAUAUAUAAAAUACUCCUACAGAUACAAUAGAUUUAUAUAUGCAAUGUAUUAUUGAGAUGUGGUCCUUUAAGCACUUUGGUUUAUACGCAGUGUGCUUUUGAAUUUCAAUGCUCAUUUUAGAAAGUAGAUUAUAGGCUGUAAGAAGACUGCUAUGCUUUGUUUAAUCGGGAUGCAAGACACAUACACUGAGUGUCGUGGGAAAAAUUCUUUGUCUGAACAAAAAUGUUUCUCAAUGAAGUGAAUAGCACAUUGAAUUUUUGUGUUGUAAAAUAUUCAAAGCAUGAGCACAUUUAUUAAGUCAUCCCCAAGAGAUUUUUAGCUUAAAAGGAAGCUGUAAUAAUGGGUAUAAAAAGUCUUAAACCACUAGAGAUUUUCAGCCUCCCUUCAGGUAUUUCUGAGGCUUAUUGCCUGGGAGUCUAUUCAGGAUCAAGCACUGGGUGUUAUCCUUUAAAACUGCUUCUAUGUAAAAGGCUUCAGCGAACUUUUCCAGGACUUAUAAAUUGAUAUGAGAUUGUGAAGAGAUCAGAAA